GUAAUUAUAUGACUAAUGGGCUGCUAUUUUCUAUUACGAACGCACCUGAAACUGAAGAUUCCGUUUCACAAGGAGGGAGUUUUGAAAGGAAUCACGCCUUGCCGCUUUGAUGUAAUUAUGUCGGGAUCACACAGGUAGAAGCAGGCAAGUGGGCACUGGCCCGCCCCUUCCUUUCUGGUUUGGUUAAAGAGCCCUCUCUCAUGAUUGCAUGGCAGGCAACCGUGUGCCAAGGGGCGGAGAGGUUGUUCUGAGCUCCUCGCUAUCCUCUCCUCAACCUCUCAAGUUCGGACACUCCCAUCGUUCAGAGAGCAAAUUGCAAAUUGAAGUGUUGAGCAGAAUCAGUUAACUUUUUCACGUUUUGUCUAACACACUGCAUAAUUAUCUGUUCAAAUUCACCUGAAACACUUCAUGCAUCCAGGAUGGACUACGUACGCCAUUCAUCCCAACCCGCUACCAUCGACCUUAUCCGUGCCGACUUGGCAGAGAUAUGGUCCAUCGAUGGAUCUGAAUCUGCCAGCCCGGAAAGGACGCCGUCGGUGCCUGGGAUCAGCGACAUGCUUGAUCUUGAAUACAUUCCAACUCCAGGACCCCGUCCUUCGAAAAGGAGGAAGAAAGACCCUCUUCCUGAUCUUCUCGCUGACGUUUUGAACCUCUCGCCCUGUCAGAACGGGGAAGAACAAGCCACCAACAAGUCGCUAGAACAACCACAAGACAAAAAAAGCUCGAUUCAUUAUGAACGUCCCACUCAGUGUGGUCGAGUUGCAGCUCCUGCGAACAUACCGUCUGAUUCCAUCAGCGGUCCAGAAAGUCCAGCGAACUCGAGUGAGUGUUGUUUAAAUACCCGGCUUGAACCUGAUUCUCCCAUUCCGCAGCCAGCAACCAAGAGAAGCAAGCAUAAGCACUCAGUACCAUCGACUACAGUUGAGGAACUUCCAUCAAACCAUCCGGUUUCAAAACCGAACCGGCGACGCCAGCGAGAUGGCAAAUCAGCACCCGCCCCAACCGCCAGAAAGGGAGCAGAAGAGGCAUCCAGGGAAGUUCAGCCAUACCAAGCAUCCACCAAUCUCGUUCAGACCAAGACAAUCCCCAAGGAAGAACGAGAUCGAAACGAUCUAUUUGAUUUGAGCGACGCCACAGACACGGACUCGGAGUGGAGACCGAAGAAGCGACAAGCUAAGCAAUCAUUGCCCAAGAAACCUCGGGCGCCUGCCCGGAACAGAUCCCGCCGUGCGGCCAAAUCAGAGGAUUCACCAACCCUGCCUACGAGAAAACUUGUUCAUGUCCCAAAGGAGCCGGCCCGCGACACCUCUGAAGAACAGAAGAUGGAUCACAAGCCAAUACAUGUUGACGGCGUAGGGCUUGCAGGUCAAGAUGCUUCGGAAGUAAAUGAGGUCAGCCGCCAGAACGCCAAAGACGGUCCUUUGGGCACACCCAUGGUCGAUUCCAUGUCAAUGUUUGACAGGCACGAUGCUUCAAAGAAUUACGUUCUUGCGAAUCCCGCGAAGCAACCGACCACCUCACCGCACAGAAGUGAUCCACCGAGCGAGGAUCUCAGGGGCCGAGUUCCCCGAACUUCAGAACCUUUCGAUGUCAUAGCUUUAUCCAGCCAAAGCCCAACCACGGAGUAUGUGGUCACGGCUCCGACGUCGCCGAUGUUCGUGGAGCGAAGCCACGAGCAUAUGGCUGCAGAAGGAGUCGCAGGUGUUUCUCUUUCUGACAAGCGGUCGGGUCCAAACCAGGAAACACCAGCGCUGAGUGCGAUAGAACGCAGCAGUCCCAGCAGAAUAACUCCGCCUUCGACUCAACCGCGUGCCCAAGGACAUGACGGUGAGAUCAAGCGAAGGCACACAGAGCAUCACUUGCCUUCCAGAAUCAUAGAUGCAUUUCUCUCGGAUGACCAACAACAAGCGAAAUCAUCGCCAUCGACCGUGCUAGAACCAGAGUUCUGUUCUAAACAAUCUCUGAGUCCAGAGGAGGCUUGGAAACAAGCGGUGGAAGAUGGAUCCCCGCCUGCAAUUCUGCAUCGAAUCAUAACUUUGCUACAUCGUUCCUUGAAGCCUAGGGAAGAAGUCGUUCGCGACAUUGCUACCGAUUAUCAGAAGAAUGCCAUAAGCUUGCUCGAAACGUUGAGCGCACGCCAUGAGGAAGAGAAAGCGAAGGCUGCGGCUGCCCUGCGGAAGGCAUCUCGCUCAGCUUUCUCAAUCUGCUCGAGUGCAAAACAGGAUAUCGUGGUUCUUGUCAAUACGCUUCGAGGGAUGAACGUUACUCAAACAGCGGAAACAAUCCGACGGCCGGGACUCGCACAGAAACUAGAUGCCCUUUCUCGGUUGUGUCAGGCUGAAUUGAGCAAUUCCACCCAAGACGCGCCGACGGAAAAUGACGCCUCAGGCGCGUCGGAAAACAACCUCAAUAGUCUUACGGAGACCUAUCGACGCAGACUUGUGGAAGCAGUUCGACGGCCAGAUGCGCUGGCUUCUGGAGCCUCAGACGUCGUCCGUUCGCAAGUCGACGAUUUUAUGAAAAGGUGCCUUCUCGCCGACGAGGUCAAGGAGGUUCAUUGUACAAAAGGAAAACAGGCGGGCACCUCUGUUAAGAAUGCUGACGACGCUCUAGAGGCAUUCUUGGAGGGCAUCAUUGGCACGUUGCAGGAGAGUAAGGGCCGAACUGUCUGCAACCAGCCAGCUACUAAGGACCUUGUUGCCAUCGACUCUGAUACUUCGGACUUGAAUGUUCUAGCGUAAUGGGGACAACUUGCUAGCCAUCCGCAAAGGAGGAAGGGUGGAAUUGGGGUUAGACAGAAGACCGAUGUCACUUUCAACACAGCGCGGCGAAUAUUUGCACGGCGGCAGAGGUAGCACAGUUUGCUGAGGAGAGACAUCCGGUAUCAUAUGUGGUGAUUAACAGGAGGUAAUCAGCUUCUAUCAAACAAAUGCCCCACACAAUGUAAUUAUCAGGUAUAUUGCUGUGGUUCGAUAGAGAACCAAGCAUACCACCCCCGAGGGGUUUGAUUCGACUUUCACGACACACCUAAGUGCUGUGCGACUACGAAGUACA